UUCGAAUGUGGCUGCUGUUGUUGGCGGGCGAGCAGAGACCGUGCCCCAGGCUUGGGGGACCCGAGCGUGGGGCGCACGGCGGAACCCUCGCGGAGCCUUGGGAUGUAAGGAGCAGGGCGACCGCUGCGGCAGAGGCAAAAGAUGGCCAAGGAAAGGUGCCUUAAAAAGUCCUUUCAAGACAGUCUUGAAGACAUAAAGAAACAAAUGAAAGAGAAAAGGAAUAAAAACUUGGCAGAGAUUGGCAAACGAAAGUCUUUUAUAGCUGCUCCAUGCCAGAUAAUCACCAACACUUCUACACUGCUAAAGAACUACCAAGACAACAACAGAAUGCUAGCUUUAGCUCUAGAAAAUGAAAAGUCCAAAGUGAGAGAAGCCCAAGAGAUCAUCCUACAGCUGAGAAAAAAAUGUUACUACCUCACAUGUCAGCUCUGUGUACUGAAAGGAAAACUUACUUCACAACCAGCAGAAGAAUCUGCUCAGAACCAGGAAGUAUGUCCCUCCAGAAUGGACUCCAGUAUUCACAACUCCAGGGAUUUAUUUGUGAAGGAUUUACCGCAAGUUCCUGUUCAUGAAGUUCUCUCUCCAAGACAAGAAUCUUUCCAAAUAGAAGAGCAAAUACCUACUAUUCCUCAAGACAGACUAGUAUUUGAUCUGGAUUCAGAUGAAGAUAAGUCUACUGAUAAUGUCUUAUUACCUAGAACUGUAUCUCUCCGUCGCAAUUUAAGGAAACAUUUUAACGAUUUAUGUCAAUUCAGUAACUUAGAUGAUCUUGAAAUCAGUCAUUUGUCAAAGCAGUCUUUUGAAUUGGAAAGAACUAGAUUUGUAGAUCCACUAAUAAACAUGCACAUACCUGGUAAUGUAGAACAAAAUGUUUCUCAAUGGAACAAGAAUCAAAUUAACUUAUCACGAAAGCUUAUUCAUCCAGAAAAAUCUAAAACCAAAGAAGACAUUUCAGAGGAUAAAUCUGAGCAAAUUAAAAGUAAGCAUAGAUAUGCACAAGGAAGAAAGCAAAAAGAGAAAAGAAAAGCUAACAAAAGGAGAAAGUCGAAAUCUGUAUCAAAGUAUAAAGGCAGCAAAAGUGAAAAUUUAAGUGUUUCCAAAAAAAAGUUGGCUAAAUCUUUCACUUCCAGUGAUGCUUACAAUUUUAAUUUGGAAGAGGGUGUUCAUCUCACCCCUUUCCGACAAAAACUGAAUAAUGAUUCUAAAAUGGAAGACAACAACAAUGAAUCUGAAGUGAGCACCUGUGAAUCGAGUGGUUCGGGAGAUGAUUCUGAUGAUCUGUAUUUGCCCACUUGCAAGUACAGUCAAGACAUCACCAGAGAAUCAGAUGAAAGACCAGUCACCAGGCCUCGAUCUAAAAGAGCACCAAAAUAUAGGGAUGAAAAAGAGACAGAGUGUUCUCAGACAACAAAAACUCCUGCCAGCACAUUACCUGAAACUCACCUGUCACCUCAUCUUAGUCUGAAGGAUAUCACGAAUGUCCCCUUGUAUCCUGCAUCGAAAAUCAGAAAACUUUCUCUUUUUCCAAGAAAGAAUAAAGACAGCCCAGUGUCUCUGCCUAAGCGUAGGUGUACAGCCAGUGUGAACUAUAAGGAGCCCACACUUGCCUCGAAACUGAGACGAGGGGACCCUUUCACAGAUUUGUGUUUCUUGAAUUCACCUAUUUUCAAGCAGAAAAAGGAUUUUAGAUGCAAUUCUAAAAAAAAAGCAUACGAAGCAAAUACAAUGAAGCGUUUGUUGGAUGCUGUUUAAAUUUGUCCUACACCCUCUUCUAUUGCUGUUGGACAGUGCACAAGUGGGUCGGACCACGUUAGACUAUUCUCUUGGCAGGACUCUGGUUCGUGAACAUUUCUUCCGAACUGCUUCAAUGUGGUGUUUUAUCUUAAACCUUUAGUAUUUGGUUUACUUUUUGUUUAAGUAUAAAUAACUGGACUUAAGCAUUAUAAUAGUUUGGAUUUCUUAUACUGCCUAAAACCCUUAAUUUUAGUCAAAAUGUAUCUUGUACCAUUUUAGAAAUUAAUGAUUUUUCAAAUUAAGGUGUUUUAAUUACAGCUUCUGUCAUCUUUAUUUCUCCCUUAAAUAGAGAACACUAGGAUAAAUCAUUUUUGAAGACAGACUGAGGAUCUUUUGAAAUGAAAUAAAUCCUUGAAAUUCCCAGUAGGGUAUACCCUAAGGUGUUUGUGGACCCCUUAUACCAUUGUUACAUUUAAUUUUUCAGAUAAAAUGUGUAUAUGAGAUCAUGGUUAGAGAAUUGAUAGUUGCUUAGGCUCAGGGACUAGGUGACUAGCUCUGAGCCCAAGCUCUAGGCGUACCUUGUUCAAAGUCAUACCUCCCUGAAUCACAAUUAUUAGCUAAUGGUCUUCCAGGGUACCUCCUUAUUUAGUCAAAAAUCUCAAAUGUUAAAUGUGUGAAUACCAAAGCCUGUUUUGUAUUUUUGAUCAAUCAAUGAGGGAAUUCACUUAGUUCUGAAAGUUUGAAGCCUGUACUUGUGUAUACCUCUUCAAACUUUAAAGCACAAGGUUAUCCAUUUUUAAAGAGCAAUAAAGUUUCUCUAGAUAUU